GUGUUGAUAUUUGACAGACGCGAGAAGUGGGUGUUGGCAAAACGUGACACGCUGUCUUAGCGUCUAAAGAGUCCUUUCGUUAAAUUGUGUUUAUGUCGCAGACGUCGCAGAAUAAAAUACGCCCAAGACAUUUUUAAAUCAGACAGCAAGACAACAAGCUGGACUGAAGGUAAACGGCCGUGAAAAUGUAUUUCGUGCGACUCUCUUUGAGUCUUGGGUUCCUUUUUGUUUGGAUGUUAUCAGCAGAAGCUCAGAUUGAUGAGUGUCAGAUGAAGCCAGUUGCUGGCUUUGCUCGGGAAUACACGAUCCAGAUUCAGCAUCCGACGCUUACCAAUCUCAUUACCAUCAAGCUGACAUGCGCCAGUAACCAGAUUUUCAAGAACUGCGGAUGUGAAAAUAAUCCGAAUCCGCAACCCACUGAUCCACCCGUAACUACGACCAAGGCGAGUGUUAUCACCCGUCCCACACAGUCGUCCAACCAGCCUGUCACCGAUUCCACUGGUGCCCCGCCCACCGCUACUCCACCGACCUCCGUCAACAGCAAUACGACGACACCGACUCCAACCCAAAAUAACACGAAGAUAUGUCACUACAGCACAACCGGAAGAGACGUGCUCGACGUUCAGUGCCGACCAAUCAAUUGCAAGUUUUGGGAGAUGCCCAACUCGCCGCGCUUCUACCUGACAAACCCACCAGGAAGCCUGGCCACCAUGUUGUGUCCAGGAGGAACAUACUUCAAGCUGUGGCCAGACUGUCAGUGUGAGCAUUCCGGACCCGUGCCUUACAAUUGUCGUGCCGACGUUAUCAUAAGUUACAGACGCAACAUAGCCACCUCCAAGUCGGAACUGGGAUCCAUCGUGCCCAUAUCGAACCUGCAGGACCACCUGAUUCAGAACAACAGCAUCCUGUUCGACACGGAGUACCAGCCGCUGCUCAUCAACACGCUAAACAUGGCGGAGUUCCGCGACGGCCUCAGCGUGUACCUGGAGUUUCAGGAGGCCGGCUACCUCACCCAGAGGCAGAUCCUCAUCUCCAACUGUAACCCCGACCAAGGCCCGUCCUUGGAGAUCGCCAUUGAUAAAAAUAACGUCGAGUUCAAGGUCGAUCUAGGGUUGCCAAACUAUUUCCAGCAAAAUGUUCCAUACAAGCCUGGCGGCGUGAAAAAGGUGACGUUUAUUUACGACAACGCUGUGUUAACGUCACAAGUAGACGAUACGUCCAGAUCUGCACCCAUAGCAGGUACCUUGGUGUCUAGAGCGGAGCCAUUUUACAUUGGAAACACAGCAUGCAGUGAUGGGGACGCUUUCGUCGGGCUUAUGAACAACAUAAAAGUUUACAAGUGUCCUAAGAACAGUCUGAAGGUCGAAGGAACCGUUGGAGGCUUACCGUGAAAUUUUGUUAUGACCCUUGAACGUUAAUAAAAAAUAGUUUCGUUUA